AUGCUUCGUAGGACUCUCUCAUGUGCUUGUGGGACAGGCAAAACGGGUUGGGGCGCAAUGAGCAAUGCCGAGCUUGUUAAAGCCGUAAGCAGUCGUCAAUUAACCUUUUAUGGGUUAGAGCAGGCUCUGGAGCCCGACUACCAGCGCGCUAUCGCUGUGCGUCGUGAGGUGGUGUCCGACUAUGUGGCAUCCUCCCAAAGUGCGGAGGUGAAGAGGAAAAGCUUGGAGCGUAUACCAUUUGAAAACUACGAAUGGGAUCGAGUGGUUGGUCAGAACUGUGAAAAUAUUGUGGGUUACGUUCCUAUUCCUCUUGGUAUGGCUGGGCCAAUAAUAAUGGAUGGCUGUGAAUACCCCAUUCCCAUGGCCACGACAGAAGGUGCCCUGGUUGCCAGCACACAUCGAGGCGCACGAGCUAUAUCCCAAAGUGGGGGCUGUAAGACACUGAUCUUGGGCGAGGGCAUGUCACGUGCUCCAGUAGUGGAGGUUGAGUCUUUGGAAGAGGCGGGAAGGCUUCAUAAUUUUUGUGUAGAAAAUUUCACUGAAAUCAAAGCAGCUUUCGAGAGCACGACGCGAUUUGGGAAGUUGCAGUCGCUCAAGUGCGUCAUCAUCGGUCGCAAAGCCUAUAUUCGGUUCCGCGCGACCACCGGAGAUGCGAUGGGGAUGAACAUGAUAACCAAAGGUGUCGACAAGGCAUUGGAGUUAAUAAAGCAAAACUUUCCGUCGAUGAAGGUUAUUGCGUUGUCGGGGAACUACUGCACUGACAAGAAACCCUCCGCAGUGAACUGGAUUGAGGGGAGAGGAAAAACUGUCGUUGCCGAGGCGCUCGUAAGGGGCGAGUUGGUUGAGCGCACAUUAAAGUGCACCGUUGAGGAUCUUGUGUCACUAAAUAUCGACAAAAACCUCGUUGGCUCAGCUGUUGCCGGUUCUGUUGGUGGCUUUAAUGCACAAGCUGCCAAUGUUGUUGCAGCAAUUUUCAUUGCGACGGGGCAGGACCCAGCGCAGGUGGUGGAAUCCUCCACCUGCAUCACCACAAUGUCUAAAGUUGGGAACGAUCUGCUCAUUUCGGUCGCAAUGCCCAGCAUUGAGGUGGGAACAGUUGGUGGUGGCACGGGUCUACCAGCCCAGAGUGGGUGCUUAGAUAUGAUCGGGUGUGCUGGGUCGAACAAGGAAGCACCAGGGGCCAACGCGCAGCUUCUCUCACGUCUUGUUGCGGCUGGUGUUCUUUCUGCGGAACUGUCGCUCAUGUCAGGGUUGGCUGCAGGGCACCUCCUAAGUGCCCACAUGCGGUUGAAUCGUAGGAAGUAA